AUGGCGGUGGCCCCUGGAGGGACCUCAGUGCUGGCAGAGGAGGCACGAUCACCCCAACCUGAAGCGUACACCUCGGUGCCCAGCUCGGACAGCAGAACCAAUCGCCUCUCAUUCUGUACGAAGUUGUGCUAUGGCAUUGGUGGAGUGCCCAACCAGGUGGCCUCAAGUGCCACAGCCUUCUACCUGCAGCUUUUCCUGCUUGAUGUGGCCCAGAUCCCUGCUGCCCAGGCAUCACUUGUCCUGUUUGGAGGGAAAGUAUCUGGGGCAGCUGCUGACCCUGUGGCUGGGUUCUUCAUCAACAGAAGCAGGAGGACAGGAUCUGGACGACUCAUGCCCUGGGUGCUGGGCUGCACACCCUUCAUCGCCUUGGCUUACUUCUUUCUAUGGUUCCUGCCUCCCUUCACCAGUCUUCGAGGCCUCUGGUACAUGGCCUUCUACUGCCUGUUCCAAGCCCUGGCCACGUUCUUCCAGGUGCCUUACACGGCCCUUACCAUGCUACUGACCCCCAGUUCGAGGGAGCGGGACUCGGCCACCGCGUAUCGGAUGACUAUGGAGAUGGUGGGAACGCUGAUGGGAGCAACUGUCCACGGACUCAUCGUGUCCCGCGCCCACGGGCCCCACGGGUGCGAGGAGGCCACGCUUCCCGGGUCGGGCGGCGUGUCCCCGGACGCGAUGCGUCUCUACUCCAUUGCAGCCGCUGUGGUUGCCAUGACUUACCCUGUGUGCAUUAGCCUGCUCUACCUGGGGGUGAAGGAGAGGCCAGAACCCUUCACUUCAACCUCAGGUCAAGGCCUGAGCUUCCUGGUUGGGCUGGGCCUCAUUGUCCGGCACCCACCCUACCUGAAACUGGUGACCUCCUUCCUGUUCAUCUCGGCCGCUGUCCAGGUGGAGCAGAGCUAUCUGGUCCUGUUCUGUACACAUGCCACCCGGCUACAUGACCAUGUCGAGAAGCUGGUGCUGACCAUCUUGGUAUCGGCUGUGCUGAGCACCCCUGUGUGGGAGUGGAUUCUACAGCGAUUUGGGAAGAAGACCUCAGCGUUUGGGAUCUGUGUGAUGGUGCCUUUUACAAUCUUGUUGGCUGCUGUGCCCACGGCACCUGUGGCCUAUGUCGUGGCCUUCGUAUCGGGCGUGAGCAUUGCAGUGUCCAUGCUGCUACCCUGGUCCAUGCUGCCAGAUGUGGUAGAUGACUUCCAACUGCAGCAUCAGCACGGUCCAGGCCUGGAGACCAUCUUCUACUCCUCUUAUGUCUUUUUCACCAAGCUUUCAGGAGCAGGUGCCCUGGGCAUCUCCACUCUCAGUCUGGAGUUUGCAGGGUAUAAGGCUGGAGCCUGUGAACAGGCAGAGAAGGUGGUGGUGACCCUCAAGGUCCUCAUCGGAGCCGUGCCCACCGUCAUGAUUCUCAUUGGUUUGUGCAUCCUCCUGGUCAGCCCUUCUCUGAAAGUGCCAAGUCAGAAUCUCUCCCGCAAGCCGAGCCUUCGGAGGAGGACGAGCUACAGUCUUGCUUAA